AAACAUAAAUUGACCAACAAAAAAAAAAAAAGUAGGAAACAUAAAGCCAGCGAAGAAGAUCAACAAAUCAAAACCCCUAAUUGAGAGUUUUAGCACUUCUGAAUCUGAAGCCACUUGCGGUCCUCCCCUUUCCGCCGCUGACUUCCUUCGCUCGCUCGCUCGCUCGCUCGCUCUCUCCCUCCCUCCCUCCCCGGUGGUACACUUCCACGGAUUCUGUUUAAAAUUGGUGGUGAUGUCGGAGAAAGGAGGAAAGGGGUUUUCUUUGCCUAAAUCUUCGCUGAAAUCUACCCCUCCUAGCACAAAGGAUGGUAAGGAUGAUAGCUCAACCAAGUCCAAGAAGGGAAGACGAGUUCAGUUCGAUUCUGAAGGUUCCCGGGAACCCAAAUCACACUUUUCGUCAAAAUUUGAUAGCCGAUCUGCUGCUUCAGGGAAAGCUGAUUGGGGCAAAGGGGGGAAAGGAGACACCAUCGGAAAUGGUAGAAAGAAAGAACCACAGCCACUGGAGCUCAAAAUUGAGCAGGAACUUCCAAAGAGUGCCAAAUGUAUGAUGGAUUGUGAGGCUGCCGAUAUAUUACAAGGCAUCCAGGAGCAGAUGGUCAUGUUGUCAAAAGAUCCUACUAUUAAAAUCCCUGUAUCAUUCGACAAGGGACUGCAGUACGCAAACAGCUCCAGCCGUUAUACUCAUCCCCAGUCUGCGAGACACAUUCUUGAGGCACUAAAAAAAUAUGGUGUCAAGGAUGGCGAGAUAUGUGUGAUUGCCAAUGUUUGUCCAGAAACCACAGAUGAAGUUUUUGCUUUAGUGCCAUCCUUGAAGGCUAAAAGAAGCACGCUCAGCCAACCACUCAAAGAUGUUUUAAGUGAGCUGACGAGGUUUAAAAAGGCAACAUAAGAACCUCGUUACAUGAGAAUCCUUGGUAAGGCUGCUAGGUGCAAAUGGCACUAUAAUGGAGGGAUUUUGCGUUGCGGACUUUUCACGGCACUAACAAUCAUCCUUGUUAAUGUAUUUGUUAAUGGUCGUUGGGUUUUGUAUAUGACCUUGAUGGAAUUUGAGAUGCUGCGGAAAUCCUUUCCAUAGCCUCUCCUUAGGCCUGCUUAUCAGCAGUUGUUUUCUUCUAUUUUGUGCUUGAUGAAUAUGAAGUUUACUGGAUGAUUGAAUGAGUUUGACAUGAAUACAAGUAGAGAGAGAUCGUUGGCUGAUUU